UGUCAUCGCAAUCAAAGCAAUGUAUCAGGUUGCAAACGUUAGAAUGAAAAUAAUUCCUUGAAAUUAGUGCUUGUAACAUGUCCUCAACCGAGCUGGAAAAUUGUUUCACCUGCCUGCGACAAACUGACAACUAUCGCUGCAUCACCGAACGGGACGACGUGAACGGAGAGAAUGUGGAAGCAAUCUUCACUAAGCACUUCUGGUUCACCAAGGACGAAUACUACAACCGGAGCGUGUGCACUAGCUGCUGGGAGAAAAUUGACGAUUUCCACAAGUUCUACUGUCAGGUAGAAAAGGUCCAUCCGGCUGCGUUGUUUCCUGAGAUCAAAACAGAAACGGUAGAGUGCUGCUCCGGAGGGGAGGAGGAAAUACUGGUCGGAUCAGCAGAUGAAAAGCAGCACGAUCGACUGGCGGAUGAGGAUCUGCGAUCCAGCUGUCGAAGUCCCGAUUUGAUCGUUUGUAAAGUUGAGGUGAAACAAGAGACAGAAAAAAUGAUCAAUCGGGAAAACAAAAAUGACGACGUAGAUGAUCAGGAAGACGACGGGAAUAACCAAUUAAUAGAACCCCAGGAAAGUCGCAGCAACUCGUCGAGUGGGCAGGGAAAUGACUCCGCACAGUCCGAGUCAUCCGACUCGGAUGUACCUUUGGCCAGGCGACUGGCGUCAAGAAAACGAAAAUUGGCUGUGAAAAAAGCACGCACCGUUCGAACGCGAAGGGCUAAAAUGAGAAAGGAGAAAAAGGACAACGAGCAGCUGAAUGCUUUCAUUAGGCAGCAUAUGGACAUUACCUGUCAUAAGUGCUCGGAACUUGGUAGGGACAGCGAGGAAACGUUCGAGAGUUUCUACCGACUGCGGGUGCACUUCAAGAAGGUUCACGACACGUACGGUUAUAUUUUCUGUUGCAACAAAAAAUGGGCAACCAAAACCGGUCUGGUGGAACAUUUAACCAACCACGAGCCGUCGAAAAAUGACCACAGUCGUUGCGUGGAAUGCAACUGUAUCUUCAAAGAUAAGCGCAGCUACGCCAAUCACAUGUUUCUAAUGCACACCCCUGAGGACCAGAAACAGUUCAAAUGUGAUCGCUGCUCGAAAGCGUUCGCCGCAGAGGAUCUGCUCAAAAGCCACAUCACGUGGCAUGAAGAGGUAGAAAAGAAAAACCAUUACUGCGCCCUUUGUGACAAAUAUUUCCUGAGCGCGCGCAAUCUGGAAAAUCACAAUCUUAGCCAUCACAAUUUUGGCGAAUGCUCGACGGCUGCCCCGAAUAAUAACGCGGGUGAGUUCGACAGUGAGCUUGACCGGACGGAUGCGCCGUCCAGGAGUAAACGAGGCCCAGAAGAUAUCGCGCGGGAGGAUGAACUGAUCAAAAAGUUCAUCACCCUGAACUGUUCCAAGUGUGACUUUAUAGGGGAAACGUUCAACAAGCUAUCCUACCAUGCAUUUAAGGUGCACAACAUGAAUACCCAUUCGGUCGUUUGUUGUGAGAGACGUUUCGGCAAGCGGCAGCGAUUGUAUGAACACUGUCUCCGACAUCUGAACCCGGAUCAUUUUAAGUGUGAUAUCUGCGGUAAAACGUACGCCGACAGUUCCGGGCUGCAGAUACACAAAUGGUGGAUCCACACGCCGGCUUCCGAGCGACCGUUCAAGUGUGACAUCUGUGGGGCUGCUUUUGUCAAGGAUUAUCUGUUAAAGCAGCACACCAACUGGCACAUGAACAAGGAACGGAAGACGCACUUCUGCGAGCAGUGCAAUAAGGCGUACUCUAACUCGCAACAGUUGCGAGCCCAUCAGCAGAAGAAGCACGGAGCAGUGUGCGAUUGGGUGUGCGACAUUUGUGCCAAGGGUUUUAACCAUAGGGCUCUGCUGGAGGAGCACCGAUUGACUCAUUCCGAGGAGGGUUUGGCUAGUUUGAAGAUGCAAUGCGAGAAGUGCCAACGGUGGUUGAUAAACAAGAAGAGCUACCUGCGGCACAAACGCCGCUGUUACGAUACGAGUGGACCGGUAAAAUGUGACAUCUGUGGGAAGGAAUCUGUCAACGAAGCUGCCUUGAUGGGGCAUAAAAAUUUUCACCAUUCCAAUCGACCUAUUUACACCUGUACCUACUGCGGCAAGGAGUGUAAAACGCAGCUGCGGCUUAAGGAACAUGAAGCAACACAUACCGGCGUGGUGCUGUACCAGUGUCCAUACUGCCCGCGAACGUCCAACUCGAGCUCGAAUAUGUACACUCACAAAAAAUCGGCCCAUCCGGAGAAGUGGGCCGAGGAGGUUGCUGCUCGGUUCUACAGUAGAUGAUAACUUGACCGAGAUGCGCGAACGUAGGUAUAAUAAACAAUGAAAUCGUGUA